AUGGCUGCUGCAGCUUUAGUGUCGUUGGCAUUGCUGGUGCUGGGAUCCCUGCAGGGAGAAUUGGCUGCUGCUGCUGAUGCUCACAACAGCACAGCGAAGGCUGUCCACAACAGCACAGCGAAGCCGGUCCAGAUAUCUGCCAGAAACUUUACCUCGUACGCACUGACGGUGGGCACCAAGGAGAAUGUGGGCUACUUUGCCUCGUGGGGAGACUGGAACCCGUCACAGGGAGCCCUGUCGGGCAUUCCAACUUACGUAACAACAGUCAUCAUGGCAUUCUGCCAGCCCGACAUGACGUUCACCCCGGGCUCGUUCGCGGGCACCGGAUUCCAGUACCUGGACGAAAACUACAACACAGUCAAGCAGCAGAUCGCAAACCUGAAGCAGAAAGGAACGCGAGUGCUAAUCGCUGUGGGAGGUGCCAACUACGCCAAGUGGACGGCCCUCAACACCGGCGCUCUGGCCAGCUUCGUCAAGGAAAUGGGCUUCAAUGGCGUCGACAUUGACUACGAACCACCAUUUGACAGUGUGUCCUGUACGACGUCCAACGACGUGCCCUCCUGCACCAGCGACGCAGAAUUCACCAAUGUUAUCUCCAGCAUCCGCGCUGCCCUGCCCCGGCCCAUCAUCGUCUCUCUCGCUGCCUACAGCAUUGGUGCUUACGGUUGGGGAGACUACGCUACAGCACAGCCAAUUGGAACCCACACCGGCAUGUCCUACAACCCCCUGAAGAUUCAGGGAGACAAGCUGGACCUCAUCAACAUCAUGAGCUAUGAUGCAGACAACCAGUAUUCGCCCAUCACCGCCUACCAGUCGUACCAGGCCCUGCUGGCGCUGAAUGGGCUGUUCAGCGGCAAGAUAGUGCUGGGAGUGUCCAGUCAGCUGGAGUGCUGCGGGCACCAGCUGUCCUACAACGAGCUCACCACCUACGCCAACUGGCUCAACGCCAACAACGGCGGGGGAGCGAUGCUGUGGUACCUCGGCCCGCGCGCAGCAUCCGUACCAGGCACACCAACUUCCACCCAGGUCGCGCAGUUCUUCUGCACCUCCUUCAGCUUCGGCGGCUGCUCGGACCCACUCUUCACCUGCGACGGCUGCGCGAGUACGAACGCAUUGUCGAGUGUGAUGGACCCCUACGGAGCAGUGGCGCUGGGGCAGCAGGUGGCUAUGGCAUCAGUGAAAACCGUAGAUGCAGUGCUGCCGCCCCGUAACUACGGUCAGCCCAACCGCGAGCCGCCCAUCUGGACCGAGCCCCGUUUCAUCCACCAGGGGUGA